GUCCACUGUGGAGAAAGAGCCCUGACCGUAUCAGUCAACCGAACAACCGCCCCAGGAGCGAGGAGGGGAGCCGCCACAGACGACGACGACGACCACCCAAGCGAUCGCGAGCGAAGCCAUGGCCAUCGCCGCCGCCGCCUCCGCCUCGACUACGACUCUCCCUUCGAGCUCCGCUUCCCGCGCUCCCUCGGCCCCCGUCAGACCCUCCUCGUUCUUCUCUCCCUCCUCCGCCUCCUCGCCCCCUCAGUCCCGUCUCCUCCGCGCCAGGAUCCCGCUCCGGACCCCUCGGCUCUCGAUCUCCGCCGCCGCCGCCUCCAUGAGCGUGCGGACUCCGGAGAGGAGCUCGCCCCCGUCGUCGUUCGACCGCCGGGAGAGCGGGUUCCUCCAUUUCGUCAAGUACCACGGCCUCGGCAACGACUUCAUCCUGGUCGAUAAUAGGGACUCUUCGGAGCCUCGAGUCACUCCGGAGCAAGCGGCGAAGCUGUGCGAUCGUAACUUUGGGAUUGGUGCUGAUGGAGUGAUUUUCGCCAUGCCCGGGAUCAAUGGCACCGACUACACCAUGAGGAUUUUCAAUUCUGAUGGCAGCGAGCCUGAGAUGUGUGGUAACGGAGUACGAUGCUUCGCUCGAUUUAUAGCUGAGCUUGAAAAUCUAAGUGGAAAACAACGUUUUACCGUACACACUGGUGCUGGUCUAAUUGUUCCAGAGAUUCAAGAUGAUGGGAAGGUUACGGUUGAUAUGGGGGAACCGAUACUCAAAGCAUCUGAUGUGCCCACAAAAUUACUGCCAAACAAAGACCACUCUGUGGUCAAAUACGAUCUAAAAGUGGAUGGAGUAACCUGGAAUGUGACAUGUGUUAGCAUGGGAAAUCCCCAUUGUGUCACCUUUGGUGCCAAAGGAGAACAGAAUUUGCAGGUUGACAAACUAAACUUGGCUGAAAUUGGUCCAAAGUUUGAGCAUCAUGAGAUGUUUCCAGCAAGAACGAACACAGAAUUUGUGCAAGUUUUCUCUCCUUCACACCUGAAAAUGCGUGUUUGGGAACGUGGGGCUGGAGCAACCCUGGCUUGUGGUACAGGGGCAUGUGCUGUGGUUGUUGCGGCAGUUCUUGAGGGACGAGCUGGGAGGAGUUGCACGGUGGAUUUACCUGGAGGUCCACUGGAGAUUGAAUGGAGAGAGAAAGACAAUCAUGUAUACAUGACUGGCCCAGCUGAGGUGGUCUUCUAUGGAUCCGUACCCAUUUAGCACAACUUGAACUUCUGUACUAGACCUAUUUUUAUUUAACAAACUAGAAUUUUUGUAAAAUGCAAGUGUUAGGAGUGACUGAAUAACUGUAGUCCGUCUUAUUCAAGUUGAGUUGUCUAAGGUAACAGGGGAAUGGUCUUUAUGACCAAUCUGUUUACAACUGGUUUGAUGAUGCGGUCAUCUUGUGCAAUAAAUUUAGUGAUAAAGUCGGAUCUUCAAUGUAGCAGGUUCUGUGUAUCCAGAAUGGUAUUACCA